AUUCAGUUUAGUAAUGUAAACAAACCUUCGCUUUUUUUUAUUUCAGGAAGUCAACAUUUCUGACAGAAGUAUUAUUCCUGUUGACGUAAGAAGCAUAUACAUUGAAUCUAAUUUAUCCUUAAUUUAAGAUCCAUGCCCGACGAGUAGUAUUUGCUUCCUACUGUUUUUAAUUUGCAUGUUUUACUUAGAUUUAAUAUUAUGAAGCUAUUGAAGCUCAUGUCGGCGCUUGGCCAUCGGACAUGAUAUGGCUUCCGAUGAUAUUUUUGGGAUUCGUCGGAGAUUUUCUGCUUUUAUAAACCUCGAAACUGAUAUAUCAGUUAAACCGGAAGAAGUAAAGAAUGAAGAUGCUGAUGAUUCUGAUGAAGAGCACAUUCCAGAUGAAGCGGUUGUUGAAUCUCUUGUGAAACAACUGCCUCAGGCUUCUGAUAAAACAACUGAAAUAUUAGACUCUGCACUAUCAACUCUCCCAACAAGAUGGAGGAACUGGAUAGUUCGUGGAAUUUUUACAUGGCUUAUGAUAUUCGGGUUUUUUGCUCUUAUUUGGGCUGGACCUCUAGCUUUGGUUGCAGUUACUUUAGUUGUGCAAGUCAAAUGUUUCCAAGAAAUUAUAUCAAUUGGGUAUGCAGUAUAUCGCAUUCAUGGUCUACCAUGGUUCCGGUCCCUUUCGUGGUACUUUUUAAUCACUUCCAAUUAUUUCCUACAUGGUGAAGCUAUUGUGGAUUAUUUUGGAGUUCUUCUCAAUCGAGCAGAUUUCCUAAGACCGUUGGUGACUUAUCAUCGCUUUAUUUCCUUCAGUUUGUAUAUCACUGGAUUUGUCUGGUUUGUACUCAGUCUUGUUAAAAAGUAUUAUAUGAAACAGUUUUCUCUAUUUGCUUGGACUCAUGUUACACUUCUUAUAGUAGUUACACAGUCUUAUUUUAUUAUGCAAAACUUGUUUGAAGGUCUCAUAUGGUUUAUUGUCCCAGUCUCAAUGAUCAUAUGCAAUGAUGUAAUGGCUUAUAUGUUUGGAUUUUUCUUUGGUAAAACACCUUUGAUUAAACUAUCACCAAAAAAAACUUGGGAAGGCUUUAUUGGAGGUUGGAUUUCGACUGUUGUUUUUGGAAUGCUGAUGUCCCAUUUCCUUUGCCAGUUAGAAUAUUUUGUGUGUCCAAUAGCUUAUUCAGAGACUUUACAAAAAGUAACGAUGGACUGUACACCCUCCCCACUCUUUCAGUUGACUGAUUACAGCUUACCCGGACCUUUCCAAACAUUUUUUGGGCUGUUAGGUUUCCCAUCCAAGAUAACCAUGUAUCCAUUUGUUCUUCACUCCAUUUCCCUGUCGAUGUUCAGUUCCAUCAUUGGUCCAUUUGGUGGAUUUUUUGCUAGUGGAUUCAAAAGGGCUUUUAAGAUAAAGGAUUUUGGUGAUAUCAUUCCCGGCCAUGGUGGAAUUAUGGAUCGAUUUGAUUGCCAGUUCUUGAUGGCCACUUUCGUAAAUGUUUAUAUCUCGAGUUUUAUAAGAGCUCCAAAUCCUCAGAAGUUACUGCAGCAAGUUUUGUUGCUAAAAACCGAUCAGCAGCUGCAUAUAUUCCGUUCCUUAAAAGACCACCUCUUACUGAAAGGUGAAAUUCAGGUGUAAAAAGAAAAAAAAACUUUUAUUUUGUGAUUAACCAGCAACUUUCCAUUUGAUCACUUAUUAUUAUUAUUAUAGGUAGCAGCCUGUGAUGUGCCAAUUUAUAUUAGUUUAGUAAACAUAUGAUUAUUUAAAUAGCAUAUAUGUUACGAUCAAGGAACAAAAACAAAUGCUUAAUUUGUGCUUGAAAUGUUUGUUUUAGAUUUAUUCGGAUAUGUGAAUACUCACUGUAUGAGAAUCACUCUGAUUUGUGAAUAUUCACUUGUCACUAAUAUGUGUUUCGCCAAUUGUAUGGAUAAUUUCCUUCACUGUAUGAAAUAUUUAAUGUCACCUUUAAGUGUAUGAAUAUUUUAAAUCAAUCGAACAUUUUAAAUAUUUACUUCAUUGUAUCAGACAUUUUUAAUCUAACAAACAUGUUCAUAAUUUCUCUUUUAUUUAUUUAGUUUUUAAUAAUUUCUUAAACGCGAGAGAUUUUGUUUGUAUUUUCCAUUCUGGUUCUCUUGUUUGAAAUUUCUCUCCAAAAAAAAAAAUCAAAGUUUCCAUACCGGUUAUAAACAUCUUAACUACCUUUUACCUCUUUAUGAAAUGUUUCUUUUAAAUAUAAAAUGGUGCAACCACUUUAUCAGUUUAUUGCACUUGCUUGCGCUUAAUGGACAAAAUGUGUAAUAAUGCAUGAGGUGAUCAGUGUUUUUUAAAAAUUGGGCAGCCUUACUUUUAUUGAAAUGACUAUUAUAAAUCUUUUUAGUGAUCUUUUUUAAAUUGGAAAAUAAAGUACGUGUUUGUAUAUAAUUUUGCAUUCAACCAUUCAUUUUUAAUUGUGAUAACUUGUGUAAAGUGAAUUGAAUGCAUUCUUACUCUAUUUAUAGAUAAAUAUUAUUAUUUUUUACUCUUAUUUCAUGUUGUAGUGCUAGAAUUUAUACUCUCUUCAUUCCAUAUGGUAAGAAAAGUUUAUUUACUCUUAAAAAUAUUAAAUUUUAAUUUUACUUAAUCAAAAUUGGUAAUCAAAUUUUUUAUUGUUUAAUAUAUAAAAUUUUAAACAAGUGUUUGCUUUCUUCUCUAUGACCACUUUUUGUGGUUGAUACUUCGAUAAUUUCUUUAAUGCACUAUCCUAAGUACACAUGUUUAUAACUGAUAUUUCACUGUACUGCUGAUUGAAGAAAGCUAAAACAAAUUUUAAAAAAUACAUAGAAUAUCAGACAUAUAAUUGUUUUGGUACUUCUUUAGUAACAAAACAAAAAUUACACGAAAAUAAGGGAUUGACCAAUCACGUGAGGGAACAAUCUUGUUGUCUCUUAUUUUCUUGAAAUCCUUUUUUUAUUUCUUUUCAUCUCUUUUAUUCUAUAUUUUUUUGUCACUGAAGAAGGUGCUUCCUUAUUGUACCUUAAAGAUUAUAUAUCUAUCUAUGUGACAUUCUAUGUGCCUUUUUUUUAUUGUUUUAGCUUUAUUCAUAUACAGUACAAAUUUAACCCUUUGUUUGAAUGCUGUUUAUUGGUUUUGUCUUCUUAUUUAUAUUUUUCUUUACGUGUAUAUUUUGAGUUAAAUAGAGCCUAGCUUAUUUUUUAGCAUAACUUUAUUUUGUAAGGCUUUUAACUUUACAUUUUGAUGUCAUGAUCUAUUAAAACAAAUGUAUUUGUGAUGGAAAUGUAUUUACCUAUCGGUAAAGCUUGGGUGCCUAGGCACCUAAAAAUUUGAUAAUUGUAUAUUUCGUAAUUCAUGUGAGAAUGGUCCAAGAUAUUUUGCACUUUUCUCUAUCCCUGCCUGUCACGCGAUUCUUGUGUAUGAACUAAUUAUUAUAAUAAAAUGUUGAUGAACUUGUU